UUCAUGUGACGUGAUGCCGUCAAAGUUUAGCAAAAGAAACCAGCUCGCGCUUUUAAGAUAAACAUCGUCACAGCUCGUGAGCCGCAGUCUACAAUGCUUAUCCCGGGAACAUUAGCAACGUCCUCCCGGUAAAAACUUUAGCACGGUGACAGCCCGUUAACGUUAACUGUUGGUAGCCUGCUGUCCGGUAACGUCGGUUGGGUGGUACCUUUCCUCCCGUUAGUUACCAUGGAGCAGGCAGCCAGCGUUAACGCAGACCCGGUGCAGCGCUCUGACAGUAACGGAAGUGGCUCACAAUGGCGCAACUGGACUGGAUUCUGGCUCCUCGGCUUGUGCAACAACUUUGCCUAUGUGGUAAUGCUGAGCGCCGCACAUGACAUCCUCCAAAAGCAAGAGUCAGCAAACGCCACCUCACCUACUCCAUCCCCGCUGACUGUGGAUUUCCAGGCUGGGAACAGCAGCAACAGCAGCAGUGGCUACGACUGUAACCCUGUUUCUACUGCGGCCGUGCUGCUAGCGGACAUCCUCCCAACGCUCAUCGUCAAGCUGUUUGCUCCCUGUGUCAUCCACAAACUGCCUUAUGGUUACCGAGUGUGGUUCUGCGCCCUGAUGGCAGCCAGCAGUUUCCUCAUAGUGUCCUUCUCCUCAGCGGUGUGGAUGAGCAUUCUGGGAGUGAUCUUUGCCAGUAUCGGCGCUGGACUGGGAGAACUGUCCUUCCUCUCACUCACCGUCUACUUCAGCAGGGAUGUGCUUGGCGCGUGGGGCUCAGGUACUGGGGGGGCUGGUGUUGCUGGAGCCCUCUUGUACUCAGUACUCACCCAAGCCGGCCUGUCUCCCCAGAUCACACUCCAAAUCAUGCUGGUGGUCCCUUUGGCUAUGUUGAUCAGCUACUUCUCCCUGCUGGUUCCUCCACUUACACUCCCUCAGUGGAGAGAGAAGCAGUAUGCUGCUUUGUCAGAGGAGAGGCGGCAGCUGAUGGAUGACUCGGAGGAAGAGGAGCAUGAGGAGCCAACCCCAGGGACCAGCGGACCGCUCACCCCUACAGAAAAACUUCAUGUCAUCAGAGGCCUGCUGAGGUUUGUGUUUCCGCUGGGACUGGUCUACUUCGCCGAAUAUUUCAUCAACCAGGGCCUGAUGGAGCUCCUGUAUUUCCCCGGUGUGUUUCUGUCUCAUGCAGAGCAGUACCGCUGGUACCAGACAUUGUACCAGGUUGGUGUGUUGGUGUCUCGUUCGUCUCUGUGCUGCAUAAAGAUCAGGAAACUGUGGGCUCUCUCUUUGCUCCAGGUGGUGAACGCGGCACUGCUCCUGCUGGCAGUGCGUUAUCAGUUCUUGCCCAAUCCCUGGACGGUGUUCGCUAUCAUCCUCUACGAGGGACUGCUGGGCGGAGCGGCCUACGUCAACACCUUCUACUUCAUCAGCUUGGAGUCUGAAGACAGACACAGGGAGUUUGCCAUGGCUGCUGCCAGUGUUGGAGACAGUCUGGGCAUUGCUCUGGCUGGACUCGCUGCUUUCCCCGUGCACAGACACUUCUGUUCCCUAUGAUGCAGCCCAGGCGCACCUCCACCAUGAAUCAGCAGGAAGUGGGUGGGUGCCUGCUAUUUCAGGGAUUGAAAACAGGAGACUUAACUCCUACAAAAAAAUGGUGGACACACUUUUUACCUACUUCUACUGCUGAUCAACUAUCGCUGCUUUUUGGGACGCUCUCCUCUGAUCAGAGCCUUUUUCCCAGUAUUUUUUUACAGAAGGCAAGGUAAAAAUUAACUAAAAUGAAUAAUGCGCUGGAGUAAAAACUAUUACGAUUCUGUUGCCGGCAGAAAAUGACCAAAGCUAUUUUUGCAGACCAAUACUCGAAGUGCAGUAACCUCUGUGACAAAAACACUGUUCCUUUAGCUGCUUCACAAGUUAAAGUUAUGCUUAUUGGGGGUUUCCCUUCCCUGUAGUUUGUUAUUUAAAUUUCUGUGCAUGUAAAUGGUCUGCAGAGGCUAAAAUCCCAAAGUUCCCUCCAGGGUUCCUCCCCCCUGCCUGAAACGCCUCCAUUGGACUUCUUUGCUUAGUUCCUGAACAUAGUCACUUUGUCACACUAGCACUUCUAUUGGCUAGCACUCCAACACAUUUUAUUUGAUACGCUAAUGGACGGGACACCUAAAAAAGGUUGACCAAUCAGAACAGAGCCUGCAAGUUAAUCAAUCAGAGCAGACUGGGCUCUGGUUUCAGACAGAGGGUAAAAAGAGGGGCUGCAGCACAGGCAGUAUGAGAAAAAUAAAGAGCUUUUUGAACGUUAAAGCAUGGAGACAUGUCCCAGUAGAGACACUACAGACAGUUCAGCAGCAUAAUAUGGCCCCUUUAAUUUUUUAUCGGGUUAAUAGUGAAAACGUUUAAUAUGAAGAAGCAAAAGCAGAUCAGGAAAUAUCCAGCUUAUGUGUACGGCAGUCGUAGUUGGGCUGGAUGAAGAAACGUUACAAACAACAAACCUUUUAAAUAUCACUUAAUCUGAAUAUGUUGUUGUAGAUUUGCAGUUCAUUUUAACUUUAUUUCUGAAAGAGUAGCCCAUUUUAUUUUCAAACAUAACACUUUCUUUUUCAGGUAGUUUCAUUUAUCUUACUAUGGUUUGCAUUAUACAACCGUGUUACGCUUUUACUCCAAAAACGUAAUACAAUAAAAUUGAAGGCUUAAAUGUAAUUAGACAUUUUCAAUGUUUUAAUUUAUAUGAUGGUGUGGGAUCUUUAAUCUGUUUUAACAUUAUUGUGUUUUGAUGAAGGGCCCUUGAUACUGACACAGUUGACACAACUGUUGAGUGCUGACUUUUUGUGGUUUAACACGCCAAAGUGGUGUUAACAAAGGAGGUUAAAGGUUCUUUAGUGCCUUUUUUAUUAGAAGCAGGUCAACUGACUGACGUGUCGUUGCUUCUCUGUCUAUGGUACUGUUAAAACGGGUCAUAUGCCUUCGACUAAACCUUUCUACUAAUGAUGCUUUAAUAUUGACUAUGCUGUAACAAUAGGAGAAACUGGAAUAUGCCCAGAGCUUUAAAAUACUUGUUUUAUUAAAUGUAAAUACAUCUUUAUUUAAUUGUAUUGCUUACUUUAACUUCUUAUGUUUAAAUGGAUAUUUGAGUUAUUUUUUUAUUUGUAUUUAUUUUCUUAGAUAUAAUUUUAAAUGGAACAACUGUCACAAAACCUGAUUUCAACCGGGAUAAAUAAAGUAUUCUGAUUCAUACAUAUGCAAAUCAUCUGUUUGUAAAUCAAUUAAUCAUACACAUAUGCUUGCCUUUGAAUUAUUAUAUUGGAUGAUUUCAUUCAAAGCAACAACUAACGACAGUUACUAGAUCAUGUUCCCAAUAAUUUUAUCUUUAAUCCUUAAAAUGUCAGAAAAUAAUGAAAAUACUCAUCACACUUAACUUAAUGUGACCUCUACGAAUUGCAAUGUUGGACCAAAAUCGAUGACUGUGUUAUAAUUGCUGAUCAUUUUCUGUUCAAUAAUCUCUUCAGCUCAAGUUUCCCUGUAAUUAAACCGAAAGUUGAGUCACAUUUUUAUCAAAAAUGUGGUGAUGUGUUCAUUUCUUUUAUCGUUUUACAUGAAUCAUUAUACUGUGAGCUCUGAUUCGCUUCCAAACGUUACUGACUUUUUUUUCAUGUAUCCUCAGGUAUAGUAAUAAACCGCUACUGACACCAUGUGGUUAAAUGUUGCCCCAAAUCGUCACAAUUGUGCAACAACGGAAAACAUUCAAAGAUCUCCUUUCGAUGUGUUUCUAUAUAAACAUACUGUGCUUUGAAUAAUC